CGGGCACUGAGUCGUCUGGCAAGACUGCGGGCACCGAGUCGUCUGGCAAGACUGCGGGCACCGAGUCGUCUGGCGGAACAGCGGGCAUCGAGUCAACUGGCGGAACAGCGGGCACCGAGUCGUCUGGCAAGACUGCGGGCACCGAGUCAUCUGGCAAGACUGCGGGCACCGAGUCGUCUGGCAUUGGAUCGUCUGGCUCGACAGCGGGCAUCGGGCACUGGGUCACCAGGCAUCAGGUCAUUUGGCUCGCCAGCGGGCACCGUGUCAUCUGGCAAGGCAGUGGGCACCGAGUCACCAGGUACGACAGCGGGCUCUGAGUCAAUUGGCACGACAGCGGGCACCGGAUCAGGUACCGGAUCAUCUGGAUCAACAGCGGGCAUCGAGUCAAUGGGCCUAAUAGGAUCAUCAGGCUGGAUCAGUUCAUUAUGCUGGGUAGAGGCAUCCGGCUGAGUAGAGGCUUCCGGCUGAGUAGAGGCUUCCGGCUGAGUAGAGGCUUCCGGCUGAGUAGAGGCUUCAGGCUGAAGAGAGGCAUCAGGCUGAACCACGGAAGGCAGAGGGCUUUUUUACAGGGUUAAAGGCAGGAUAGGUGCAGCGAGUGGGAACAGGGUACUGACAUGCGGUAGAUAGCAGGGCAGGAGGAGCUGUUGGGAAUGCAGGAAUAGAGCUCUGAGGAAAUAGAUUAGAAGCAGGACUGGGUUUUUGUAAGCUGACUGAGGCUGGGUGCAACAAAUCUGUCCAUGUCUGCAGUAUGGGUUGAACAAAGCUGAGCUUACACAAAGCCUGUCUGACCAAAGACUGCACUGCGCUUAUACAAUCUCUUAGUGUCUGUGGUGAACAUGCAGCAUAAUGCUCCAAGAAGCAA